AUGUCAAUACCACUAUCGCAGACCAACUUCGACCGUUCUCUCCGCAGCUUCAUCAAUGACAUACGUGCUGAGCGGCUGGACGCCCUUACAAUUCACACUGUCCAAAAUGUAUUGAGCAAGUCGGUGGCCGAAACGACAAAGGAGGAGGCUUGGGCAGAGAUACAAGCGAAGCUGGAGGAACUGGGAAUCCCCAUCGAUCAAUCCACCAGAGACCGGAACUACGUUGUUUCAGCUCUCCGUAAAGCCGUCGAGGAUGAGAACCUUCUGCGGAACAUUCAAUUCCCCACAUCAAAACCUGGCGCGCCAAUCGUCUUAGAGUCGCCAGCUAGAAGGGUGCCUAGCCACGAUGCACUUCAAACUGCUCAAGGGCAGAGUCCCUCGGAGACCCAGGGUCCAGCAGCCUCAACCCCGGACUAUUACCGAGAAGACUUCGGCCUCUCCGACAAGAUUACAAUACCCCAGAAGAACUCCCGCGCCAACUUCCGUCUCAAGUUAUCAGCGAGUGCUGUACCGACACUAGAUGCAGAGAACCUUCCUAUACCAGUCGAUUUUGAUUCUAGAGGCACAGGUGACUCAGAAAAGCAGGUGGUGACCACGUCGCGCACACAUGAGGACUUCCCAAUCCCAGUGUCAGCGACCUUCUCGCCUGUCGACGAUGCGGACAAAGAGGUUCUACCGUAUGAAAGCUUUGCAAUAUUGUCGGGCGUGGAGACCACUGGUGAUCACUCGAAUGGUACGCGUUCAGCGAGUCAAUCGGAGGGCAGCCGCCCCUCUCUUCCCUCGCCCGCUCUGACCUCCACCAUCUCCCAUCGCCCAAGCAGCAGGAGUGCCAAAAGCAGCAAAAGACCGAGUAUCAUGAGCCGGAUGAAGUUCAAACUUUCCACCUCCAAAGACGAAUUCAUCUCUGUGAUCCAAGCUGGUAAUUUCGUGCCAGUCCAAGUAGCGCUGGACAAAGGGGCAGAUCCCGAUACGAUGAAUUUACAAGGGCAGACUGCUUUGAUGGUAGCGUGCUCAUUCGGCCACGAGUCCAUUGUUCAUCUGCUGCUUGAAUACGGGGCCCACCCGAAUAAGAUGUCCAACAAAGGAGACACCGCAUUGACAGUAGCGGCUUCGCGAGGAUACGAGGGCAUCGUACGCUUGCUUCUGGGACGCGGUGCACAGAUAGAUGGCUCCAAGAACAUUGGCAAAACUGCGCUUUCGUCAGCCGCAGAGAAUGGACACGAGAACAUGGUUCGAAUCUUGUUCAACUCGGGCGCCGAUAUCAACGCGCUUUGUCAUACUGGUGAUACGGCUCUUGCCCAGGCCGCUAGCAAUGGACACCAUGACAUUGCCCGGUUUCUGCUGGAUAAUGGAGCCUAUGUGGACCUCACAGCGUACCCAAGACAAACACCGCUAUACAAGGCUGUUUAUAACGGCCACACUGCCAUGGUCCAACUGCUAUUGGAAAGGGGAGCUGAUCCGAACUGCGCGGAUUCUGUGCGAGGUCAGACCCCCUUAAGGAUUGCUGCCUUGUAUAGACGGACAGAAAUUAUCUAUCUACUGCAACAACUUGGUUACCAAGUCCCCAUGUACGAUUUUCAGCCUCUGUCUCACUCGUUUGACGAUGUGAUUUUCUGA